AUGCCAAAUCACAAUGUCCAUUGCGGUGAGGACCUGAGGUACCUCUUAGAUAUCAUGCAUACAAGGCUGAGCAGACCCGAAGUCGGUGGUACAGAUGAAGGACAUUUUACUCAACUUGCUAUGGGCUUUGGAGAGAAUUAUCGCAUGAUGUCACGCGCGGAUGAUAAGUAUGAGGCUUCGCCAGUCCUGUCCCGGGUCGAGAAAUGCACGGCCGCACACAGCGCCAAUCUGGCAAAAGAGCCAGGCGUCUGCUUUUCAGAGCGAGGAAAGUUGCGUGCCUGCCGUGUCGACGACGGAAAAUUCGUUGCCGGGGUAACGGGCCUCCUUGUGGAACAUGAAGCAGGGAGUUUCGUGGAAGCGGUGUCACCAGUAGCUGAAGACAAUUGGGAAAGCACGGGACAGUCGCCUGCCGAAGAGGAACCGUGUGAUGCGACUGACCGGCUUUCGCCCGGAGAUAACACGAGCACCCUCUCGAAUCUGAGCUCGACUCCCAGUUUAGACUUCAGCGGCACCGACGAUGAUUUCGAUACCAGUCUAGAUCGCGAAGAUGUCAUAUUCGCGCAGCCGCUCAAGGCUUUGCCCUGCUGGGAAAUGACCGAGAACUUGAAAAGGCGAUAUUUUGCAUUGCUAUUUUGCAUUUUGUCUCAUGCAGAUUUUGAGAAGGAAUAUCUGAUUUUCCAUCAACAUCCCGAUGUCGCACCUCUCUCCUGGCUAUCCCUACUUUUCGCUGUCCUGGCACUCGCAUGCCAAGCGGAGGAACACCCAGACAGAAUUUCCGCUUCUAGCGUCUUAUCAAAGCGAUAUGAAAACGCGGCUUGGGAUUCUUUAUUGGUAGACAAUCCUCCUUUCCAACCAUCGAAGACAGCGCUGAAGGCGAUGAUACUCAUCAUUUACGGUCGACUUCAUCGCGGUAAUGACGUGUCGGUGGAUCUUGAGAUGGCUUGUAAUAUGGCGGACGUCUUAGACCGGAAGCCGUGCUGCGAUCGGUCCCAAACUUACGAGGAAUGUCGGAAUAUCUGGUUUAGGUUCAAAAUGCUGUUCUCCAUGAGCCAGCAGGUACAUGGCAGUACCUUUGAGCAGGAAUUCUUUCAAAGUAGAGGGCAUUUAAAACCUUCGCCAUUGGAAGAUCAAUUUACCAUGUUUCAUUUCAAGCUACUCGAAGUGUCAGACAACAUUAUGUACAAUACACGGUGCGGCCUCUUCUCAGCAUGGAACCUACUCGGCCUUGUUGGUCAGCUGUCUUACAUCGAAUCAUCUUUCGCCGAGUUCUCUAGUGAGCUCAAUGCUUCUGAUCCACAAUUUGGAGUUCGGGUUGUGAAACUGGACAUCCUGCAAUAUACGCUCCACUAUCUCCUUCUCUGUGUUUAUAUAUCAUUCCUUGAGAAGUAUCUUCACGGAGACACCGCGCCACAUAUUCGGUGUUACGCAGCCAGAUGCGUUGAAAGUGCAAAAGUCAUCCAGAGAAUAUGUCGCUCUUGGACUAAUGGUCAGCACUGCAAGGCUUUUGGAUGGUUUUUCGGAGGCUUUGGAAAGUAUUAUGCAGUCGUGGCGGAGAAGACCCUUAGCCGAGUGAAGGGUGAUGGAGAUGAAAUGGUCGGGCUCAGAGGAGAAUGA